GUCAUCUGUUCAUGGAUGGUGGAGCCAGGGGCAGUUGCAGGAGCAGAGUCAGGCGGUCAAGCUCAGGAAUGCUCUCCUGGAGGUCACCAGGUCCUCCGGGACCCUCGGAGGAGUGUGGAUUUUGGCGCAGCAGAGCCGUGGUCGGUGGAGCUGAUGUGUGACCACUCCCUCCGCCCAGGAUGGUACCGCUUCCAGAUCUCAGACAGCCCUGCGGAGAUGCCAAAGGCGUGUGUGGAGGUGAACCGCUGUGGUACCCAAGUCCCUCUCUGGUUAUCCCUGAGAGAAGGCGAGGCCCUGCCACUGCCAGGGGAGGCCAUGCAGCUGACAGCCUGUGCCUCCUGGGAGUUCUUUGGUGCUGCCAAGGACUGCUGCUUGUUCCGGAUUCCUGUGACCGUGAGGAACUGCGGACCCUUCCUGGUCUACUUUCUGCAGCCCACCCAGGGCUGUAUGGGGUACUGUGCUGAAGCUAUUUCUGUCCCAACAUCACCAACGUGUGGCCCUGAUGGAGCAGAUGUUGGCAGUGCUUGUCAAGGUCCCCCUACUGUCACAUCACCUCCCUCCCCUCCAGGAGCCCCAGAGGUUGAGGUCAAGUUGAUGGCAUCCAAGAUCUUUCUCCAGUGCACCUUUGAGGGGUCCCCCACAAACAUCUCCCAGGGAUUUGUCAUUGCUUGGUCCAGACUUUCAUCAGAAGGACUCCGAGAGGAACUGAAAAAGGAGAUCACAGUGGAGGAGUUCUCCCUUUUAGAACUUGAUGGCGUAAACCUUAGGCUUGGAGACAGGAUUUUCUGUAGUGCAUCCGCCUUUUUCCGGGAGAACCCAGGCAUGCAAAGCGUGGUCGUCGAGAGUAGAGAGUUCUUUGCCGGCAUUAAGCUCAGGCCAGAGGUAAGCACUAUCUUGGAAGAUGGACAAGAGUACCAGCUGAGGUUAGAGAGCACGGUUCCCGUUCUUUGUCCUGAGCUUGGCCAAGGAUGCAAAGUCUCGUUGACACUGAAAACCAUUGACCAGGGCGAUGAACAACGAGGUUUCACUUUGGCUCUUUCUCGUUGUCAAGUGGACCUUCCUGAGACAUCAUCUUGUGAGAACGGCACCUGUAGCCAGGCGGUUAUUUAUUUCACAGCCAUAAUAGACUUUGCACGAGAUGGAGACAGAGUUACUGAGAUUGCUGUGGAGCCCAUCAUCAGUGAGAAUUUCCUGUGGAGCAGCUACGUUCCUGAAGGCACACAGAUCAAAGUAAAGGACCUUCCCACGGCCAAUUGCUAUUCGUUUACUGAUCCUCAUAUAAUCACACUGGAUGGGAGGCAUUAUGAGCACUUCAAGACUGGAACUUUUGUGCUCUACAAGAGCAUGUCCCGAGAUUUUGAGGUCCAUGUUCGCCAGUGGGAUUGUGGAAGCCUUCAUUACCCAGUGUCUUGUAACUGUGGGUUUGUGGCCAAAGAAGGAGGUGAUGUGGUCGCAUUGGACAUGUGCAAUGGCCAGCUCCAUGAGUCACAGCCCUAUUUAUUUGUGAAGAGCAGAGACCCCACCAGCAAUAUCAAGAUUAGGGAGUCUUAUUUAGGAAGAAAAGUCACAAUCUUCUUUUCUUCCGGAGCUUUUGUUCGUGCCGAUCUUAGCGAAUGGGGCAUGAGUUUGACAAUCCAGUCUCCUAGCUCAGACUACAAAAAUACCCGGGGACUUUGUGGCACCUUUGAUGAAGAACCAGACAAUGACUUCCAUGACAAACAUGGAGCUGUGAUCAAGGACCGUUCCAGUCCAUAUCUUGUUUUUAUUAAUGAGUGGAGGAUAUCACCAGGAAAGAGUAUGUUUGAUAAACUUCCGAUUUCUUCGAAAUCUCCUGGAAAAAUCUCCUACUGCAGUUGUGCAGGAGACAAGGCUAGAUUCUGGUCUGUCAAUCCUCUGGAUAGGCACCCUCAAUCAGAAGUCAUGUCAGGCUGCAAUGACAGUGAACAUGUCAGGCGUCCUUCUUUGAUACCAGAACUUGACAUCACUAUGGAGUAUAUUAGUGCUGAUGAACUGGGCAGAAGUUUAAAGAAGCGUUCAUUGAGAGAAGAAAAAACUCCAGGUUCCCUUUCUUUAAGCCAAGAAAAAUAUGCUAAUCUAACAAAAGUAGAUUCCAAAGGGUCCAUUCAACACAAGAGGGACAAAGGGAAAAUAGCCCCUUUGGAAGUCAGGAGACGUAUACAGCAUUUGGGCCACCAUCUCCAAGAGAGACGACCUGUCCAAAACAGGCAGAAAAGACAACAUUUGCGUGAAUCUCCACCCACGUUUUCUUUCCCCAGUCUCAGCCCCACUGACCUGGAAGGAUUAAGCUAUUUUUUUCCCGAGGACCAUGCUACGGAUACACACCAGGAGUUUGUACCCUCAUGGCCCACACCUUCUGGGCUGGUGGAAGCCCAUGUGUUGGAAGCCUGCCAUCAGACCCUGGCUAACUCCAGCAUUGGAAAGUCCUGUGCAGAGUUUCUUGGUGAGAGAAUAGACAGUGUUGUUGAGAUGUGUGUGAAGGACGUGCUGUUAAAAGACGACCUUAGCUGGGCAGAAGCAGGUCUGGCACUCUUAGAAAAUGAGUGUGAGAAGAGAAUUUUGGAAGAGGGAAAGUACAACACAGAAGACUAUGGCCAAUCCAUCGGAGAAAUUCUUCUCGUGUUAAAGUGCCCCAAUUUGUGUAGUGGACAUGGACAGUGCGUGGAAUGGGGCUGUGCAUGUUUCCAAGGCUUUAGUUCCUUUGACUGCAGCGUCUUGUCUGACCAGCCUCCAGAAAUUACAGAGCUUGAGAAGGCUGGCUUGUGUGAUGUUCAACUGGACAGCUGCAGGACAGUGGGAGUUUUUGGUCACGGAUUCAGAGAGUCACCAACAAUUAAAUGUGAAAUGGCCCAGAAGCAGUAUAACAGUAGCCAAGGGGUCCUUGGAGCACCUGUAUACACAGACACCAUCUUCCACAACAGCACAUUUGUCACUUGCCAGCUGCCUGCCCAUGUCCAGAAGUUACCCACAAUGGACCUGAGGGGGGAUGGGCCAACUGCAAAGUGGCAAGUCAAGGUUUCUAAUGAUGGCUAUCACUUCAGUAAUCCCCAGAUUCUGACAGUCUAUGAUGGCGCUUGUCAGACAUGUGACCCCCAUGCUGAGGGACGGUGUAUAUUAAAGGAAAAGCACUGCUACCUCGAUGGCCUCUGCUAUGGGGAGGGGGAGUCCAGCCCGACGAGCCCUUGUCUGCUCUGCAGAAGUGGCCUCUCCCAGUGGAUUUGGUCCAUCUCCGAAGACAACCGACCCCCCGUGUUCCAGGGUCUGCAGGAAAGACUACAGACAUUUUAUGGGGACGACUUUGUAUACCCGUUGGUGGCCUCAGACCCAGAAGGCUCUGCCGUCUUCUUUACCCUGACCUCGGGCCCGGAGGGAGCCAGUGUCUCUCCCAUGGGCAUCCUACGAUGGAAAGUCCUAUCCCAGAGUGCCCAGACAUUCACCAUCAGCGCCGUGGAUGACUGCAAGGCCGAGGCCAUAGUGACCAUUGAGGUGUCCAUGACGCCCUGUGACUGCCUGAACGGUGGGUCCUGUGUGCCUCAGGAGGACAUCCCCCGAGGAGGUGGGCUCUAUCGAUGUUCUUGCCUGCCCGGGUUUGAAGGCACCCGGUGUGACGUGGACAUUGACGAGUGUGAACCUCACCCCUGCGGUCCUGGCCAAUGCAGGGAUGUCAUCGGGAAUUACUCCUGUGAAUGCCCAGUGGGGUGGACAGGGCACCUCGGUGGGGCGCUGGAGAGCACUGGGCUGGGAGUCAGCAAGUUGGGGCCCUGGGCAGGUUCUCUCUCCCUCAGUCCCUCAGGCUAUAAGAUGGGGAUGAUUAUCCCACGCGCCUGGAGGGUUGUGGGAGCCCAAAGUCAGAACCAGGAGGAGGCAGAUUUGGGCUCCAGCAAGGGCCUCUCAAUGACGAGCAAGAGCCGUCCCAGUGUGGAGCAGGCACCCUCCACUCCAGACUUCCGAGCAGAGGCUGCAGACGUCCCGAGGAGCCUAGAGCUGUGUUUACAUAGAGAAGCCGCAGGCACAAAUUGCCAGGAAGACGUGGACGAAUGUAGAUCCAGCCCCUGCUUGCCCAGAGGACGCUGCAUCAACGUCUUUGGUUCUUACCAGUGUGUGCCGUGUCCCGAAGACCUUCCCGACGCUGGGGACACGUGCCACGACUCUGCCCCUCUACGGCGCUGCCUGGUGACGCUGCCUCUCCCCUUCGUCUGGGAGAUCUCGGGGCGGGUGUCCACCAGCAGUCUUCCAGGGGGUGCAGGCAGGGGCAGGGUGGCAGGAGCCUAUCCAUCCCUGCCGUGCCCCCCUCCCUGGGCCCCUGGGCCUGUCACGUGCAUCGGGCUUUCCCAGAUCCCUCUCCUUUCUAGGCCCAUUGUGCCCAGGGUGACCUGGGAACACUUGGGGAGGCCAGCACCUGGACUUCUGGGCAGUGUCUGCAGUCUUGUUUGCAGACCCCCGGGCUCUGCAGCAGUGCGUCCUCUCAGUCCGUCUCUUGGGGACUGUCCUUGCACCAACGACAUCUUCCAGCUCAGUUCGCCAAAUCCCACGUCCCAUUGUGGCUCCCCUUCACUGAACAUCAUUGUCCCUCCUGUGUUUCCUUGCAGAGCUUUGGAGGAACCCCCUUUUGAAGCACUUAAGAGAGAGCACUGGGCUGUUUCUGCAGAGCAGGGGACGGGAACAGCCUACAUCCUUUCCAGGCAGCUGGGGUUUGGGGAAUCUGGUGAAAUCAGGGCCAUGGUGGCAGCUGGAAAGCUGAGAGGGAAACCAGGAGCCUGCGUGUGGCUCACCGGAGAUGUCUUAGAGAGGGGUCUGGACCGCUUAGACAUCAGCCAGCCCACCCUCUGGGCUUGCAGACAAGGCCAGCAGCUCAUCCAGGGACACCCAGGGCCGAGGAGCAGGGCUGAUACCAAGCACUCCGAGGUUACUGCCCACGCUGCCUCCCGUGCUCCGUCGCUAUCUCCUGCUGGCUUUGGGUCCCUCGUGUUCCUAGCCUGGCUGCUAAGACUGAGGAGCCAGGUGGCCUUCCCAGUUAGCCGGGAGCCCACGGACAAUGAAAACAGCAGACGCUCGGCCGUGCCCGUCUAUGGCCCGUCUGCAGAGCCAGCCGUAGGAAGGGCUUGGCUGAUCCUUCCAUUGGAAGCAGAGCCAUGCUCCCAGCUGGGCCCGGAGGCUCCCUCUGCAGAGCUGGCCUCCCUUGGGUUCUGCAGGCCUUUAGCCACCACACGAGAGAAGGCUUUGGCCUCCCGGGAUGAGAUCCAGUUUGCAGAGCAGACCUUUAAGGAGUGUAGACAGUGGCUGGACAUGCCUGUCCGGGCUGGGCACCUGACCCUGCCCACGCCUGUAGGAAUGGGCCUGUCCUCCGCCGGCUCUCCUCACACGUCCUUGCGUGACAUUGUCAUGCGGUUGCCUCGUCUUGUUAUCAAGUCUUACAUCACCUCUGCUCCCCAGGGAGCAGAAGACACAGCAUUUAAGCCAAGGUCCUCUGAGCAGCCCUGGGUGCCCACUGUCACCAGCUUUGCUCACCUUCUACCAUCUACUGAAGAAUCCACGGCCGUGACCAGCCACCCUUCAAGGGUGUCCCUGUAUCAGUCCUUUGUGGCUCUGGGGGCUGCCCGGCUCUCCGUGACCACAGCUGUAGAUCCCGACCUGACUGCCGGCAGCAGCCUGGACCUGAGGCAAGCGCCGGCUGAGGAUGACCACUCCCUGAGAACCAGCCCAGACCCUUCCCUGGGUGAAACGAGUCCCAUCCAAACGCAGGCUGGAGCCUCCUGGACCUCGAGCAGCCUCCGGCAGGAGCUACUGGGAGCUGGUCCCAGCACAGCGUCCACACCGCCAGCGAUGCCUGAGAAGGACCAGAGCUCAGCCAGCCCUGGAAGAGCCAAGCUGCUCACCUGUGCCGACUCCCCCUGCUUUCCGGGUGUGCCCUGUGCGUCUGCCCUGGACGGAGGCUUCCGGUGUGGUCGCUGUCCCUUGGGUUACUAUGGAGAUGGGGCAGAGUGCAGAGGUAGGAUGGGCCAUCAGUGGGCUCCACUUCCCCUCUCCCAUUCCUUCCACCUUAUUAAGCACCUACUGAGUCUGUUCGGGGGAGGGUCGCAGGAAUUCAGAAGACCGCGCUUGUGUCUGGAGCACAGUGCUCCUUCCCCUUCUCCUCGAUGCCCAGGGCUGGCCUUCACCCGGGGCACUCUCUCCCUGGUGCGUCCCAGAUCCCUGGGGAGGCGGGCUCUUGAGGUGAUGGGACCCCCUUUUAUAGGGGAGAAGCUGAGUUUCCAGAAGGUCGUACAGCUGGUUCCUGCGUGGGGCUUCAUUACUGGUGGUCCCUACAACACGUCCCCCAUUGACACAUUGGACUCAAUGACUGUCCCUCUGGGGAAGCCUGUUCCAUCUUCGUGGCCUUUGCUAGCACGGGGAACACGUUGUGUUCUGCUGGUCGUCCCCGUGCAACCUGACCCGCAGGCUGGGGGCACUGAAGGCUGGUCUGGUUCGAGUCACUGGGGAGACCCAGACCGCUCCAGCCAUGGCCUUGUAGACCCCUUGGAAAAUCUUGCCAGGACCGACCGCCACCAGAGGGCCCCGGCCACAGCUUCUGGGUUUCGUCGCUCUGUCACCAGGCAUGCACAAAGGCCAGGGGCACCUCCAUUGACCUCAGAGGUCAUCUGGUACACCCCUCUUUGGACAUUGAGCUCCUUUCUACUGGAGAAAAGUGAGGCUCGGAAAGGGAGCGUAGUUUGCCAAAGCCCCUCAGCCCAGAAACACCAGCUUCGGGCCUCACCCAUCUGCGGGCACCCCUGCGGCAGGGGCAUGGAGUGCGUGAGGCCCAACGUCUGCAGAUGCCGAGCUGGCUUUUCCGGCCCCAGCUGCCAGACUGCUCUGUGUGGCCCUGGCUGUAAGAACAGCGGGAAAUGCGUCAAGCCCGGGGUCUGCCAAUGUCUUCCAGGCCGUGGUGGAGUCACCUGUGAAGAAGCCCACUGCAGCCCGCCCUGCCGGCACGGUGGGACGUGCUUGGCUCAGAAUCUCUGCACGUGUCCCUACGGCUUUGUGGGACCGAGGUGUGAGACGAAGGUCUGUAGCAGGCACUGUGAACAUGGCGGGCAGUGCCUCACCCCGGACGUCUGCCAGUGUCAGCGGGGAUGGUUCGGCCCUACCUGUGCCACAGCUUUGUGUGAGCCAGCUUGCCUCAACGGUGGCGUCUGCCAUAAGCCAAACACCUGCCUCUGCCCACCUGGAUUCUUCGGGUUGAGGUGUCAGAAUGCGAUCUGCAAUCCUCCCUGUAAGAAUGGCGGCCGCUGCAUGAGAAAGAAUGUCUGCUCCUGCCCUGAGGGGUACGCUGGACGGAGAUGCCAGAAAAGCAUCUGUGAGCCCACGUGCAUGAACGGAGGCAGGUGUGUGCAGCCCAGUGUCUGCUCCUGUCCGUCUGGGUGGCGAGGGAUGAGAUGCAAUACAUACAUAUAAUUGUGUCAGAAUGGGGGAGAAUGCAUAGGCCCGAGCGUGUGCCAUUGUCCUACUUCUUGGGGAGGAGCCUGCUGUCAAACAGCCCUUUGUGACCCGAAGUGUCUGCAUGGAGGCAGAUGUGUCCUCCCCAACACGUGCGCCUGUCGGCCUGGCUACGCUGGAACCCUGUGUGAGAAGAAAGGCCCAGGCCUGACACAGACGCAAGGCCCCCAGUGAAAAACAGAGACUUGGAGG